ACUGGGGCGAAAGCCACGAAGACAGAAAUUACAAAUUGUUCGGAGAUGUUCGGAGAUGUUGAUAUUUAGUUAAAUUUUCAUUCUUCUUAAAUCGUCUUAGCCAUGCAGGGUUUAUGGAACUUUAUAGGAAAGAUGGGCACCGCUGCCCAGAGCUUUCCUUUCGAAAUCGGAGAGAAAUUUGAGAGUUCCGAGAGUAAAUCGCCAUGGUCGGUUCAUCGUGGCUCGAAAAAGGCAACUGGUGAAGCUGUGACUAUUUUUGUUUUGGACGUGAAAAAUUCUCCUGAGAAUAAGGUCAAACUUGCCAAGUAUUCAUUGAAAAGACUAAAGACUCUCAGGCAUCCCAACAUAAUAACAUAUAUCGAUAGUUUAGAGUCUGAUACAAUUAUUUAUCUUGUGACUGAGCCGGUUGUACCACUAGAGGUCUAUUUAAAGGAAGAUGGUGCCAAGUCUGACAUGGCUAUUUCAUGGGGAAUACAUCAGAUUGCUGSUGGACUGAGCUUUCUUAUCAAUGACUGUAGCCUGCAACAUGGCAAUGUAAGCAUAUCAGCAGUCUUUGUUGAUUUGGCUGGAGAGUGGAAGCUUGGUGGAGUAGAGUAUAUUCAGCCAUUGGAGCCUCCACCAGGAUCUGAAGACAUCAAUGUAUUAGGAAUGUUAUUACCAGCUUUGCAAGUGUAUGAUCCUCCAGAAGGACGCAAAUAUAGUAAAACAAAUAAGAGGCUACAGAAAUGGUCAGCAGAUUCAUGGGGACUGGGCUGUCUUAUCUGGGAAGUAUUCAAUGGCUCUUUAUCAAGAUCUGCUUCACUCAAAACAGUUGGACAAAUCCCUAAAUCACUCAUUCCACAUUACGGUGAGCUUGUGAGCGCUAACYCAAAACUGAGACCAAAUCCUACAAGAUUCAYUGAAAGUUGCAGAGCAGAUGGACACUACCUCAAGAAUGACUUUGUAGAUGCAAAUCUUUUCUUAAGAGAAUUACAGAUAAAGGAACCAAAAGAACAAAAGACAUUUUUCUCAUCUCUUAGUUCAUCUUUAGACUCGUUUCCUGAAGCUUUUUGUAGACAUAGAAUUCUUCCMCAGUUAAUAAAUGCUUUUGAGUUUGGGGCUGCUGGUUCAGCUGUUCUAGGCCCUCUGUUCAAGGUUGGCAAGCUUUUAGAAGCUGAUGAAUACCAAGCUAAGAUCGUUCCUUGUGUUGUAAAGUUGUUUUCAUCAACAGACAGAGCUACAAGAAUACAUCUACUACAACAGCUGGACCAGUUUGUACAACAUCUCAAACCUCAAAUAGUGGAUGAACAGAUCUUUCCUCAUGUCUCUCUUGGUUUUGGCGACACUGUCCCAGCAAUGAGAGAACAGACUGUUAAGGCCAUGCUUCUUUUAGCUUCAAAACUAAGCGAAAAAACUAUCAACAACCAAUUGCUGAAGCAUUUUGCCAAGCUACAAAUGGAUCAAGAGGCUGGYAUAAGAACCAAUACCACAGUUUGCUUAGGGAAAAUUGCAUGUCACCUCUCACCAGCGACUCGUCAAAAAGUAUUAGUAUCAGCGUUCCUACGUCCUCUACGUGAUCCAUUCCCUCCCGCCCGAUCAGCGGGAAUCAUGGCAUUCUGCAGCACAAAUGCUUACUACAGUAUAAAGGAUUGUGCUWCUAAAAUACUACCUGCCAUGUGUACAAUGACAUUGGACCCCGAGAAAAAAGUUAGGGAUCAGACUUUUAAAGCCAUUAAGAUGUUUCUUGAUAAACUGGAAAAGGCUUCCGAUGAUCCUGAGUCAGAUGUCAAUAAAGCAGCUGCCGAACAGGCCGCAGGGGAUGCUGGUUCAUCUUCCUGGACUGGAUGGGCUGUGACAUCAUUGACUUCUAAACUUUACAGGGGUGGGACUGAGACAGCCGCUCCUGCUGCCAGUAAUGAUAAAACAACAAUUUCGGAAACCAGGAAACCAGAGAAAGCACAUGAACAAUCACGACGAACUCARUCACCGAAACAGAAACCUCAGAAGAGUGCGCCAAUGAAGACCCAAACUAAGGAUAAUGAUGAUGACUUUGACCAAGCCUGGGGUGAAGAAYGGGAAGAUGACGAUGAGGAACCGCCAARAAGUGUAACAGUAGACGACUUGAAGAAUGAUCUCAUGGCUGUGAAACAAGAGUGCAAAACAUGGCAAAACAGCGCUUCCCGAAAAAAUAUACCACCAGAUGAUGGCGAUGCUGAGGACAGCGGUAGUGAUUAUGACGACUGGAAUAACGAUGAUUGGUCAAGUAUUAGUAAAACCAAAAAGGCGGCUCCUCCUAAAGAUGAUUUCCCAACGUUCACACAAACCGAAGGCAAGACAGCCAGCCAUUUCUUUACUGGUGGAGAUAGUCAUAUCACUGUAGAGGAAGACCUUGACCCUUUCUCGGCAUUGUCCAACACCAAUUUCACGAAAACAGAAUCCCSAAAACCAGCACACAAUCAAGSGCCACUUACUCAAAAGCCUGCUGGGAAAACGUCAAAAGGAAACUCCGAGGGAGACUGGAGUCUCGAUGAUUGGGGAUCGUUUGAUGACGUCCCUGGUAGCAAACCUGCGAGCACCAAAGCAAAWGUGUCUUCAGGGACAGCAUCGCAAAAUAGUGGCUGGGACGAUAAUGAAUGGGACACUCUUGACCAGUCAUCAAGUAAACCGGUAAAAAARGAAUGGAACGACUGGACUGAGGACUGGGGAUCUCUUGAGAGUGAAGCAAGUAGUGGAAUGAGCAAAGCGGAAAUAGCAAAGAAGAAACGCGAAGAGCGUAAACAGCAGCGGCUUCAGGCCAUGAAGGAAAAGAAGGCUGCAGGACGARGACCUGCAAAACUAGGAGCUGUGAAGAUGCAAUAGAUUGUCGAAAGGUCUUAACAGCGACCGGUCGUUCUAGGAGGCUUACGUAGACAUAUUACUGUUGGAAAUUUCUCAACAAUGAUAAGUCUCUGUGUUUGAAGGUUCUUYCAAAUAGGUUUUAUAGAAAUCAUUCGAGGACUUGAUUGCACAAAACUUCCAUUCAACUAUUUUUUAUAAAUGAGGCUGGAAGGCCUUGACACAUCACAACGAUUCAACGUGACGGCAAUUAUUAAAUAGCUUUAUUUUACAAUUACGUCGACCAUGCUGCAUAACGACUACUUUAACAUACACAAUGCCCACCUCUACACACAAAUAUAUCUCUAAACAAAAAGUAUCAGCAAAUGUUGGCGAUAACUAUUUUGUCAACAUCCUGAUAGAGUGCAAACAACGUGAUAUUUGUGAAACACCUUACAAAAUAGACAAAUAUAAAUUACCACAAACUGUGAAAAACUAAAAAAAAUAGUGCUAAAUUUUACUGAAUCACAUGCGAAUUCCUUUGGUUUCUAGAGCUCUUUGUCUUAUCAAUAGAGUGAAGCCAAUGAAACAAAAAUUGACUGUUUAUAAAGUAUGAUAGUCAAAUAGGCCCCAAAUAAAACAAUGCAAUUAGAGCUUACUGAGGUUAUUUAGUGUAAUAUCUAUUUCACGGGUUUUUUGGUUGARUCAUACAUGCGUUAUUUGGUUGGGCUUUUCACGCUUUUAGUAUCGCAAUCUCUAUAUGUUAUCCAUGUGAAAUAGGUAGUGAAAAGAAGAUUACAAAAUUGUAAAUUGGAAAAAAAAUUAUCUGAACACAAUUUGUUUCUAUGGCGAUGUGCUUUAGACAAGCACAGUUUCCAUGGUGAUAACCUAGAAAUACAUUUUGAGAAGUUGAAAUUGUAUUAUAAAUUCCUAUAGAUUGUCAAUAAAGAUAUUUUACAAAUGAA